AUGUUGAUGUUGCACGAGGACUGGAGUGGAUUGCCAAAUGCAUUAUGCCAAAAGCCCACUUUAGAUUACGAUACCCGCAGGUUUCUAGCGCCGCUUGUUGCUCUUCAAUGGGUGUGGACUGGCCAUGACCGCCCAAUUGCUCACCUCCGAACUGUCAACCCUUAUACAGGAGUCCAAGAGGAAGAACCCAGAAUUAAGAGCGGCACGUUCGCUGCUGAAAAGUCACUGAACGAUCUCAAGGCUCUCCCAAGGACGUCCGAAGCUCAAAUAGCAGCAGGUCUGUCUGGAUCCUGGAGCUGCCGAAAAAAGACUGACUUUGAAAGAGAUUUGAAAUGCCGACCGGCGUUCGUGAAGCCCUUCUUGCUCGCCUGCAGUACUCGCAACCCAAAGUUUGCAGGUACCGCUGCUGUCUGCCUACAGCGGAUAGUCGUUGCCAAUGCAUUGCCCAAGGAAACCCUACCUGAGGUCCUAGGAGCUUUUCGAGAAUGCUCGACUUUAGCUCCUGAUAUUCAGCUCAAGGUGUUGCAGGCGCUUCCAUCCUUGCUACAGAACUAUGCAAGCAGCUUGAGUGGACAGCUUCUGGUGGCAGCUUUCCAAGUUUGCUUUCUUCUCUACAGUAGCAGGACUGCUGUUGUGUCGAAUACCGCAGCGGCUGCUAUACAACAGCUUGUGAGCUCUACCUUGGAGAAAGCUGCGAUAGAGAAUGAUGGACAGUUCGAGCAUGAGCCCUCUGUCGAGGUUGCGAUUGGAGACGGCACGACAUCAAUAUACGGCACAUCACUGGAUGCGUAUCGUCUCCUGGACGACAUUUGUCUCUUGACUGAUGGACAAAAGCCAAAGUUUCUCCCUGCGGUAAAUCUUGUUCAAAAUUACGGCCUGGAGUUGCUGGAGUCCAUGCUUGCAAAUCACGCGGAUACUGUCAUGGCUCAUCCGGAGCAGAUCCAUGUAUUACGUCUCCGGCUGAUGCCGUUGAUCGUCAAGAUCUUGUCGGAAAAAUCAAGCUUUUCGAGCACAGUCCGCACGAUGAGACUACUCAGAUUGAUCGUUAGUCGCCUGCUGUUUGCACUUGCACCUGAAUGCGAGAUGGUCUUGAGUCUACUGAAUCACAUGCUUGACCCGGACGCUGCCGCUCUUUGGAAGCGUGCUCUUUGCCUCGAGGUACUUCGUGGAAUUCAUUCCGAGCCUACACUGGUCAGGAGCAUAUAUGCUCACUUUGACGAAGCAGAGGAACAAAGGAACAUCAUUCGUGACCACUUGGGAAGCCUUGUACGACUGGCCUCGGAAAAGCCUGCAAUCAUUGGACUAGGGCAGCAGUCAUCAGUCCCUGUCUCGACUACGCAAGAUGACACUUCAGACGAGCAAGCCGCUAUCCAGGCUGGUGGUCUGAUAGGCAUUGGCGCCAUUCCCAUGGAAAACAAUACCAACAAGUCUGGUAUAAGUUCUCAAUGGAGUGCUAUCAGAAUACCGUGCAUUGAUCAACUCGAUAAGCGAAACGAAAACAACCUAUCUUUGAAGGAUGUUGUUGUGGAAAGCCGGGCAGAAAAGAAGGCCGAAAGGACUCAGUCUUUUGGGGGCCGCAGAAUGCCUGUAAAUCCACUCACACUCAAGGAUCAUGUUCUGUACACACAGAUCUCGACCUCUGGCCACAUGGUAGAGCACUGUUGGCCAGCGCUACUUGCGGCCUCCUCUACGUAUCUCAACGCGACCUUGGACUCGGACAACUAUCAUGCGCUAAUCCGAUCUUUCCAAAAAUUCACUCAAAUCGCUGGCCUUCUCGAUCUGGCGACUCCUCGAGAUGCGUUUCUGACAACCCUUGGUAAAAGUGCUGUGCCCUUGAUGAAUACCACGGUAGCAUCUCCGCAGACCAAUGGACAAGAGUUUGGAUCUCUAGCAGGCGAGCUUACGGACAGUGACCGUGAUUCAAGCCCAGCGCGGAAUAGUAAACCUCGCCACACUCGAAAGUCUAUGGAUUUAUCGUUGCCCACACUGAAUACCCGGCAUCUUCUCUGCUUAAGAGCUCUCCUGAAUCUGGGCAUCGCUCUGGGUCCGGUGUUGCAGCAGUCCUGGACGAUCAUCCUCGAGACUCUCCAGCAGGCAGAUCUAAUAAUUUCUCUUGCUGCCCCAGGUCGCCGAAAACAGAGCAGACGAUCAACAGGUGGAUUGGAAAAGGAUUCCGCCGCGGAACUUGGAGAUGGUGCCGAUGACUUGAGACUAGAGAUCACGGCUGCCGAGACUGCUGCAUCUAGAUUGUUUGAGAGUACGGCCGACUUACCGAACGAAGCUUUUAUGGAUUUUCUGACAUGUAUCUGCUCUCUACUUCCGGUCGGUGAGGGUUCGUCUGGAGGAACACCGAUCGAUGGGAUGCUCAACGCGAAACCUGCGGCACGGAAGCACCAGAGAGUGCGCAGCGUAUCUGGCAUUGCCAUGGACGCAGAUGUGGCAGGCCACAGCAGUGGAUUCGUGCUGGACAAGAUCGAUGACGCCAUCCAAAGUAAUGUUGGGCGACUACUUCAACCAGAGACGACGGAGACGGGUUGGGACUUCCUCUUAGAGAAGCUUACCAGCGUUUUAAGGAGUGGUCCCUUACCCUCGGACGUUCGCAUCAAAGCAGCGAGAGCUUUGGACGACUUGGUCGUGAUUGUGGCAGUCUCCGAAGAGGAGAUGUCUUCGGAAGAGCGUGACGCUGUCAGAGGUAGAAGCCUAGAAGCCUUGGCGAACGAAGUCUCAUGCCUCAGCGUUUCUGGACCGCAGAGCACGAGGAACUCCCAAAGCUGUGAGAUUGAGAUACAUCGACUUUCAUUGGAAGCUUUACGAUCAAUCCUGGAACAUUGUGGUGAUUCACUCGAGAUUGGAUGGACCAGCGUUCUCACAAUCAUCAACAGCAUCUUCGCUACACCAGUAAGCGACCAUACGACUGAUGCAACCUCGCCUCGUAGUCGAUCGCAAAAGCUCGUCUCGCCUGCGUUUGGAUCGUUACAGCUCAUUUGUUCCGAUUUUCUAAGCUCUGUACCUCCUUCGCAUAUUCUGUCCUUAUUAGACACCCUUCAUUCUUUUAGCGCUCAAGACCAGGACUUGAACAUCUCCCUUACUCCACGUUCUUUCGUAAUGUUUCAGACUUUCUACAGCGCGACGGCGGAAGGAUUGAACUUGAACUUCUUGAAUACCCAUCAUCCGACGGAAGCUGAUCUGAAGCAGUGGGCAAAAGCUCAAUAUGACGAGAAAUCGACCCAAGCUUUGUGGCUAUACCUAUUGCUGCGUUUGACGCUGUUGUCCACUGAUAGCAGGCUUGAAGUUCGCCACAGUGCCUUGCAUACACUUUUCAGAAUCUUCGACGCGUGUAGUGAUCAAUUGCCAGCCGCAGCAGUACGGAUCUGUUUCAACGUUAUUUUAGUAAAAUUGCUUGAAUCAAAUGAGCUGCGACGACUAGCUUUGAAGACAUCUCUGCAAUCUGUUUCCAAUGAGGGAUUGACAGACAGCUGGAAUGAGUCAGCAAUUGUUGAGAUUGAAGGCUUAUCGGGCUUGUUUACCCAGUGGCUAGAUACUUACAAGAGCAACGAAUCACUCGCCCCGAUGUUCCAAGAAUUCUUUGGGCAACUGAUCGGCUGCCUGAAACGGCAGUCAUUGACUGUUAGCAACGCUGUCUUUACUGGAAUGAGCAAAAUCCUUGCGGAGAUCGAGAGCCUCGAAAGCUUAGGGAAACCUCUAUUGGUCAAAGCGUGGCAAUUGUGGAAGGACGGUAAUCCCGCUUCUCACGUCGAUGAUUCCAAAAGGAAGAAUGGUAAUCAAGACGCCUUGAUGGCCUACAUGCUCUGCUUGGGGCAGCUCUUGCGCCUGAUAUCGCAGGACCUUCAACUUGACCAGGCGCACAUAAUUAUGUUGCAACUAAGAGCCUGCGUAGUGGAAUCGAAUGCCGCGGCCUACAGUACAGAUGUUGAUCGCGUGACGCCUGUGCAGGGCUUGGUAUUGGAGAUUCUGAACUCUAUACCCACCAAUACUCCAGAGUUGGUGCCAGAGCUCGUCGGAUCCAUUGAUGGUUUUGUGACCCUAGCUUAUGAACAGAAAGGCCAACCUUCAGGAAAAGCUCAAACUUAUAUUGCUCUCUCCAAAGCUGCAAUGGAUCUACUUGACUCAUGCAUUACAAAUCAAACCAGACGUCCGGAUGUCAAUGCCACAGAUCUGGUCUCUAAGGCCUGUUCUGCCCUUGCUAUACCAUUACACCUCAAGUACAGGUGGCAGACCGAAGGCAAGGGGCCAUCACCCUGGCGAAAGGCUACGUCGACGGCACUCGCGAUACUGGAAGCGUUCAUGCCUACCAUUUAUGCCUCUCAAGAUGGCAAGCAAUCCGACUCGCCGUUUUGGGAAGUGGUCGUCAGAAUCAGCGAUGGCAUUCUAGCGGCUGAUUGCGACGCAUGCGCCCGCUGGCAAGAGAUGUCUAAAGAUCAAGUCUUUGACGUUGAUGCUUUCACAAGGCUGCAGAAGCUCAUCAUACCUGCUCUUGGGUCGUCAUCGAUAACCGAUGCCAUACGACGAAAGUACGCGGAGUCCAUCUUCACGCAUUCGAUGAUACAUGAGCCCCAUCCAGAUGACCUUGCCAGGCCGGAUCAGGAGCUUCUUGAGGGCCUACGCAGCACACACAUUGGCCGGGUCCAAGAGCUCCCGCCUUCGCCUCGGUCUAAGCUUAGCUACAUACUCCUCGAUGAGCUCUUCGGUCUCGUCGCUGUUCAUGAUGGCUCGCUUGAGCGCGUACGAUUAGCACAGGCAGCUGCUCCCUACCUGAUCUUGCGUGCAGGCCUUACACUGAAAGCAUAUAUCAUGGAUCAUCCGCUGCGAGGGCGUAUGCCCCAACCAUGGUCGCAAAAGAAAGAAAUGCUGCACGUUCUGCGCAAAUUAGUUGACUUGGACUCGGAACCGAAGGCCAUACCUGCUGCGCCUGGGAUUACUUCGGAGCGCAAGAAGCACUUGCAUAGACUGUAUCCAUUAGUGACAAAGGCAUUAAAGGCUGCUUGGAGGGACGAGGAAAUGACAAACGCGUUAAGGGAGGUAUUAGACGCUGUGGGAGAUGACUUUGGGCUUUGA